AAAAAAGUAUGUAACAGAGAGGAGCUGAACAGUUCUUGUGAUUAAAUUGAUUCCAGACAUGCUGUGUGGGCUGAGGAGAGACUUACACUCAGACUUUGAUGAUGGCCCUUACGCAAAGGGGAGGAAAGAAACAGCAGCAGUGGAAACAACAGUGUGCUCAAGGAGGCAGAGUAUACCAGAGGAGCUGAAGGGAGUUACGGUGGUGGAACUCAUCAAGAAAGAAGGUUGCACUCUGGGGCUGACAAUAUCUGGUGGGACUGACAAAGAUGGCAAGCCACGAGUUUCUAACCUACGACCUGGAGGAUUGGCUGCCAGGAGCGACCAAUUGAAUAUUGGAGAUUAUAUCAAGUCCGUUAAUGGGAUUAACCUGACCAAACUACGGCACAAUGAGAUAAUCAGCCUCCUGAAGAACGUGGGAGAACGGGUGGUCCUUGAAGUGGAGUAUGAGCUCCCUCCUGUUGUUCCAGAUAGCAACUCAAAAAUUAUUCCAAAGACCAUUGAGAUCUCACUCUACAAAGAAGGGAACAGCUUUGGCUUCGUGAUGAGGGGUGGAGCCCAUGAAGACUGGAACAAAUCUCGUGCGUUGGUGGUGACCCAUGUGAGGCAUGGUGGGCCUGCAGAUAGGGAGGGAACGUUGAAAGUUGGGGACAGACUAUUGAGUGUGGAUGGAAUUCCACUUCACAGUGUCAGUCAUGGAGAGGCCCUGAACAUCCUGCGACAGUGUGGACAAGAGGCCAUCUACCAGAUUGAGUAUGACGUUAACAUCAUGGAUUCCGUGCUCAAUGCUUCCGGUCCUUUACUGGUGGAAAUCACAAAAACCCCAGGCUGCACACUGGGAAUGUCACUAUCCAGUGGCACAAACCGCAACAAGCAAGUCAUUGUCCUCGACAAGAUCAAAGCAGCCAGCAUUGUGGACAGGUGUGGGGCAUUGCAUGUUGGCGACCACAUUUUGUCGAUUGAUGGGAUGAGCACUGAGCACUGUACUGUGCUGGAGGCGACCCAGCUCCUAACCAGCACCUCCGACAAUGUUAAGCUGGAGAUCCUGCCAGUGCACCAGAGCAGACUGUCGCUGAAGCCAGCAGAGCAAGCUCUGGUCCCAGUCAGCUGUUCUCCUCCCUCUUCCGGCACAUCAGGUUUCAGUUCCCAGAACACAAACACUUUCUCGCGGAAUAUUCAUCCCAUGAGCCCACGAGCAACCAUGAUGAGGCGGAGGAUGAGAAGGAAAGAAUACAAGAGUUCAUUGUCACUAACCUCGAGCACAAUAGGCCCAGGAGGACAGAUCGUGCACACAGAGACAACGGAAAUCUUUCUGAAAGGGGAUCCGCUGAAUGGAUUUGGAUUGCAGCUUCAGGGAGGAAUCUUUGCCACCGAACCCCUCUCGUCUCCGCCACUCAUAAGGUUUAUAGAUCCAGACAGUCCGGCUGAAAGAUGUGGACUUGUGCAGGUGGGUGAUCGAGUGCUGUCCAUCAACGGCAUGCCAACUGAGGACGGGACCCUCGAGGAGGCCAACCAGCUGUUGCGAGACGCGGCUCUCUCAAACAAAGUUACCUUAGAGAUAGAAUUCGACGUGGCAGAAUCUGUUGUUCCCAGUAGUGGGACCUUUCACGUGAAACUGCCCAAGAAGAGAGGGGUUGAGCUUGGCAUUACCAUCAGCUGUGAUCGGAAGCCUGGAGAUCCACUGAUUAUAUCUGAUAUUAAAAAGGGGAGUGUAGCGCACCGAACUGGGACUCUGGAGCCUGGAGACAAACUCUUAGCCAUUGACAAUAUCCGACUGGAGAACUGCUCAAUGGAGGAUGCAGUGCAGAUCUUGCAGCAAUGUGAUGAACUGGUCAAACUGAAGAUCCGAAAGGAUGAGGACAACUCAGAUGAACAGGAAAGCACCGGUGCUAUUAUAUACACUGUGGAGCUGAAGCGGUACGGUGGGCCAUUGGGAAUCACCAUCUCUGGAACUGAAGAACCUUUCGAUCCCAUUGUGAUCAGUGGACUCACCAAGAAAGGCCUGGCUGAAAGGACCGGGGCCAUUCACAUAGGGGACAGGAUAUUAGCCAUCAAUACAGUGAGCCUUAAGGGCAAACCACUGAGUGAAGCCAUCCACCUGCUCCAGAUGGCUGGGGAGACGGUUACCCUGAAAAUCAAGAAGCAAGCAGACCGUUCUUUUUCAAAAAAGUCCAGUGCUGUGGGUGAGCUGAGUGACCCUGAAGAUGAACUCCCUGACUCCCAGAAGACCAGCAGACUCUCCAAAAUCCGCUCAAACACCAUUCCAAGCAUGGAUAGUGCCAUGGAAUCGUGGGAUGGCUUGGGGGUUGAAGGAGCCUUUGGGAGCCAAGGUCCUUACCAUCACCAGGCAGCAGGGAUUGUGCUGCAUCCUCAUGAAUGGCAGGACACGAGUCAAAGGAGUAGCCCGCCACCACGUGUCAAUCGUCGGAAGAGCUACCCGUGUACAGAUGGUGGCUUCAGCGAGGACGAGUGGGACAAGGCAGCUGGAUACCUUAGCAACCACAACGGACCCGAACAAGACCAGGAAGACAAUUUUUGGUCUCAGGCUCUGGAAGAUUUAGAAACAUGUGGACAAUCGGAACUGUUAAGAGAAAUUGAGGCUUCCAUAAUGUCUGGAAGUGAGCUGACUUUGGGGAUUGAAGAUCAUCCGUCACAAUCAAUAAACCAGUCAGCAUUGGAAAAGCUCCAGCAAGAGGCCUCACUGGACUCUAGUGAGAGCCAGGGUGAGUGCCCAGCAGUACCUGCUCUGCUGGGGAAGGACAAAAGAUUGGAGCUGAAGAAGAUUAAAGAGGAGAUUAAGGAAAUAAAAUCACCCAUUCCUGUUGAAUUACACAAGAUCACAAUCCACAAGACGUCCGAGAAUGAGGACUUUGGUUUCAGUAUCUCUGAUGGGCUUUUGGAGAAAGGGGUUUAUGUCAACUUGAUACGGCCCAAUGGCCCUGCUGAUGGCAGUGGGCUUCAGCCCUAUGACCGGAUAUUGCAGGUGAAUCACAUCAGGACAAGGGACUUUGACUGUUGCCUGACGGUACCUCUUAUCUCAGAAUCGGGGGAUAGACUGGACCUAGUGGUCAGCCGGAAUCCUCUGGCUCUGACUACACGCACCAGAUCCGAAGACUGUGAGGGUUCGCGGAAUAGCCACCGCUUCUUGCAGCGGGCGGAGUACAGGGACACCAGGAAGAACACGAGGUCACUGUGAGUGAGAGAGAUGGAUCCAGCCCCCUGCUGCGAGAAAAUUUCCAAAGGUGCUACCCUCUUUUCCAAUUGCACAGUAGCCGACUGCUGUCACUAUAGCGCACUUGGCGAUCCCAGUCGCAGCUGAACUGCUCGUUAUGGAAGGAGCUAAAGAAUUCCACCAAUUGUCCACCUUCCUUAGGAGUCACCAACUGUCCAGCAUUAUCCUGGAGUUUCCAGGAAUUAAAGAAUAAUCACCAUCAUUCUCAGAACAGUCAGAGGGACAUUUAAAAAAAUGUUUAUUAGCUCUAAAUUAUUGGAGAUGGAGUAAAAAGUUGUUUGACCACGCAGAGCAGUUGCAGACAGCUACAUGAAACCCCCAAGAAUGUGUUAGCCAGAGUUGGCAAUCCCAACUCUCCCCUUCCUCUGUAGCUCCACCAUUGAUUUCAUAAUAACAGGAAUCUUACUUUUAUUUUAACUGCUUUUAUUCUAACAUAUGUUUCCACCAACCACCAACCCUUCAAAUUAUUU